CAGUGCAAUCAUGGCGCUGCGGCGGUUCGCAGCGCGAAGAGGAUGGCCGGCAGUCAUCUACAGUGACAACGGCACGAACUUCCGGGCGGCCGACAUCGAGCUACGCCGAGCCUUCGAGGAGUGGCUACCGCAGCUCGAGGAAUACGGGCUGCAACACGGGCUGCGCUGGCGAUUCAUACCACCCGGCGCGCCGAACCAAGGAGGAGCAUGGGAGCGGCUUGUACGCUCUGUCAAGACAGCACUUACAACUACACUACACGAGAGGGCGCCGAAGGAGGAAACGCUUCGAACUUUGCUGGCGGAGGUCGAAAAUACGGGCGGAGUGUUCCGGCGUCCCACUACCAAGCUGGCUGUCCUCCCUGUACGGACAGGCUGACCACGGCGCGACUACGUGUUCAGCGAGGGGAGAAUGUUACGGACACCCAGC